AUGGAAAAGUCCCCAGAAAAUGUUUCAAACAGCUCCUUGGAGUAUGAAAAUAUAGGCAAGCCCACUGCUGAUCUUACUGACUACCAGGAAGAAAGCAAUGGGACAAAUCAAGCUGAAGGGGAGACCGUUUUCCAGACUAGUUAUGAAAAAGCUAACCAGGCUGAAGGAAGAACUUCUGAACAGACUGGGCCCACAGUAUCUGUUCAGGCUGACCACAGAGCAUCAAACCUUUCUGAUACUGAUGACCAUAGAGCAUCUGAUAUGCCUGAGGAAAGAAUGUUUGACCACAAAGCAUCUAGACAAGCUGGUAAACUAGAGAAUAAACAGGAUUGGAAGAUAUCCGUCCAGGCUGACCUAAGAGUUUCUGAACAGACUGACAGAAGACUGUCCAGUUUAGCUGAUCGAAGAACUUCUGAACAGACUGACCACAGAUUUUCCAGCCAGGUUGGGCAAAGAACUUUUGAACAGAUUGAUCGCAGAUCCAUCCCAACUGACAGAAGAAAUUCUGAACCGAUUGACCGCAGAUUGUCUGCUGCUAUGGCUAAUAAAAGGAUUUCUGAAAAGACUGACCACAGAUUGUCUGAAUCAGUUAACCGAAAAACAUCUGCACAGAUUCACCAAGCCACUGAACCAGCGAAACACAUAGAUGACAACAAUGUUUUUGACCAUUUUGAGAAGAAAGUAGAUGAUCAGGAUGACCAUUUAGUAAACAAACAGGAUGGCCACACUGAAGACAAUCUAAAUGAUUAUAGAGCAUCUGGCCAAUGUAACUACAAAAUAUAUUCCCUGUUUAAGGAUACCGAGAAGGAAGAAGGGGCUAACUACAGAGUACAACCUUGCAAAUUGAAUGACAGCCAAAAGGACCUCCGUAAUUCCAAAGCUGCAAUGGAAACUGAAACUAAUAGUAUAACCUUUCUUGAGAACUACAAACCAUUUGAUUCCAAAUUAAAUAAUAAUUUACAAUCAUCAGACGAAGCACUUUUUCAAGUAUUGCCUUCCAUCUCAUCCCAAUUGGACUAUCUUCACAAUCAAGAAAUCAAUCCUGAUUAUAUGUCACAGUUUGAGCAAGAAAAGGAUUUUCAAGAAAAUGAGCAAACCUAUAGGAAGAAGUUUCCUUCUGUUGUGUAUAAUGAUCCUUAUCAACUUGCACUCCGAUACAUGGAAAAGCACAACAUUCUGCAAAUAUUCCAGAUCACUGAAAACUUAGUCUAUGAAAGGCCAGAGGACCCCCUGCGUUUUAUGUUGUGCCAGGAAGGCUGCCUCUCUUUUGUCCCUUUAGCUCUAAGAUUAGUUCAGCUACUACUAGCUUUGGAUUAUUGUACUAGCCCCUCUAACUUUCUCAUGCCUACUUUUUAA